AUGAGUCAAAAAAAAUCUAAUUCAAAAUAUGAAUUUCCUCGUGGGGACCUUGCUGCAUCAUUUGAUGAUGAAUGGGAACAGUAUCUUGUGGCUCUUAAAUCUCAUAUUUUACAACCUAUCGGAAUAGAUGUUAACAUGCUUCCCAAGAAUAUUUAUCCAAAUAUAAGGGUUGCAAUGAAGGAUAUUGAAAUUUUGACGCCAGA